UCAUUCUGUGGAUUCCCGCUUUGAUUCCAGAACGCUACACGUCAUCGCAACGCCCAGCAGGGGUUAAAUCGAAGCCCCGCCCCCGACAACUGUACAGCCCCCCCACGCCCGCCGCUAUCGACGAAAGCGGGACCGAAACUGAACUUAAGGUGGCGAAGGCGCAUGUGCAAAUCUUUCCUGCUGCAGAAGUGGCUAGGAAGUUUGCCGGAGGAGCAUCAAACUUUUCUCCGGCUUUUGCCGGGCUUCUGUUUCAGGUGCGGACCGAGCGAGCCUCCGGGAUAGAGACGCGACCGUGGGAUUCUAAGGUAGUGGGGGAGUCUCCCAUACGCAGCCCCCAAAUUCCGGGGAGAUGUGAUGGGGAAAAGUGAUGGGGGAAUUGGGAUAGGCAAAGAGGGUGGGAGAAAUUCAGACUUACUACCGAGUAGACAUGUCUAGGAAUGUACUACCAGGCUGGGGAAAAACCGGGGUGUCGGGUGGUAAGGGGGCAGAGACGGUGGGCUGGUGUUUGUGUGGGGCACAGGAGCCAAUUCCUGGGGGCUGCCCCCCAUAAAAUAUUUGAGGGGUCCGGGGCACAGAUGGGGCAUUGCCAUUCAAAAGCUGUGUGUGUGCCAAGUCUUGCAACCUGCCCCACCCUCAAUAUUUUAUUCAAGUUGGCACCCCUGGUGUGUGUUUUGGGGGGCGGGGAAUGGCUGCUGCUUCUAUGGAUCGAUCAGGAAUGAUAUUAUUGGUUUGUUUUGAUUUAUUUCAUAAAAAUUAUAUGCCGCUUGAGUGGAAAAAACCCCAAGAUGCCGGUUGAGGUUAGCAAGGGCAGGGAUUGCAACCUGGCUUUAAAGAAAGUGUUAGGUGGAGGAGGAAGAAGAACACCUGUUUUUGCUGGAGUGAGGUACUUUCCCAUAGGAUGUACCAACAGUGACAACAGCUUGUUUACCAUGGUUGGCUUACUUAGCUUGAAAUGUCUGGGGUUAUUUUGUUCUCUGUGGUGGCAUGAUUUGGGUCUGGAUUUCAUGGGUUAAAUCCAUGAGGGACUGGCUGGUGAAUAGAUUGCCUUGUGUUUGAGCAGGCAGCUAAACUGGAAGCCUCUGAAAUAAAUCGUAUGAUUCCAGUGGGGAUAGAAGAACGUGAACGAAAGGUCCUUGGUGUAUAUACAGUGGUACCUCGGGUUAAGUACUUAAUUCGUUCCGGAGGUCCAUUCUUAAGCUGAAACUGUUCUUAACCUGAAGCACCACUUUAGCUAAUGGGGCCUCCUGCUGCUGCCACACGAUUUCUGUUCUCAUCCUGAAGCAAAGUUCUUAACCUGAAGCACUAUUUCUGGGUUAACAGAGUCUGUAACCUGAAGUGUAUGUAACCUGAAGCGUAUGUAACUUGAGGUACCACUGUACAAAGGAUAUGUGUUGCGGGGAGGGAGAGGGGGGAGGUAUGGCAAUCAAUAAUAUGAAUGAAAGGGAGCAGGAUAGAAAGGGCUGUGAGAAAAAGGGAGGGAAGGCUAAUGUGUUGUUGCUCUUUUUCUUCCAGGGCUGCUGGUAGGUGUGGUGAGAAACUUGUCUCUUCUCUUUGAACGCCAGCCUAUCUCUGCAGCACGAUAGACUCAUGGCAGGGAGCCCGCUGCCGCCAAAAAGGCAGGUGGAAGAAGAGACCCGGAGGGUGCUGGAAGCAUUCCUGCAAAGGGCGCUAAGAGAUGGAGAGGUGGAGUCCCUAGGUCACGUGGGCGGGAGUUAUUACGAUCCUACAAGUUACAUGCACAGGUAAAGGAGUCUUCGGAGGAGAAAUGUUGUGGUUCAGCUUGGAGGAAAUGAAAUGCGGAAAAUUCAGGGGCGAGUCCAGGCAGAGGUUCUGGGUUUCCUGGAAGGGGACAAGAUCUUCUGUUGUGUCCAAGAAUCAAGGCAGCAGAAGUGAAUCACAAACGCUUUUUUUUCUAAAAGAAGUCGCAGCCACAGCAAUAUGGAUCACGCACGCUGAGACUUAGCAAUUCCCCAUAGGUACUUCCCAUCUCUGAAAAUUUAUUAUUCCAAAAACGAAACCUUCAUCUGGUUGUAAAUAUUAAGAUUAUACAGUGGUACCUCGGGUUACAUACACUUCAGGUUACAUACGCUUCAGGUUACAGACUCCGCUAACCCAGAAAUAGUACCUCAGGUUAAGAACUUUGCUUCAGGAUGAGAACAGAAAUCGUGCUCCAGCUGCACGGUGGCAGCAGGAGGCCCCAUUAGCUAAAGUGGUGCUUCAGGUUAAGAACAGUUUCAGGUUAAGAACUGACCUCCGGAAUGAAUUAAGUACUUAACCUGAGGUACCACUGUACCAGCAAGAAUGAGUCUUUCUGUAAAAAAAAAAAAGAAUGUUACUCCCAGCUGUCUUAAAACAAGGCUUAAAAUAAAACCCCAUACUAAACCACCGUAUUUUCCGGUGUCAGAUUCUGAGUUGGGAUCUGGGCUGCAUUCCUGGGAGAAACAAUUAUAUUGAAUUCUCCUGGGUGGGAGAGAGCUGGGAAGAAAGUUGUGGUUUUCAAUCUGGGAGGUAAGAAAAGUGGGAGCUAGAAUAAAACAUGAUAUAUCACAUUCAAAAGCUCUUUUUUGGGUCACCUUUGAGGUAAGGCAGGUGGUGUCUUGAGGUCAAGGCUGGCCCGGGACUGUUUGUUCUUUAGCAAAAUGCCCUGGCCUAACCCUGGCUUCAAGACACUACUUGCCUCAGGCACUUAAUAAACAUGUGUUUCCUCCCUAAACCAUAGGUAUGAAAAGAUUUCAAAACUUUAUAAAGAACAAGUCUAUGGCAAAUGGACUAUACAAUAAUGACCAAACCAUUUUAUGUGGCUUCGCAACACUGAAAUUCAGACACUGUGUAUAACAGCACUCCAAUGUACAGUGGUACCUCGGGUUAAGUACUUAAUUUGUUCCGGAGGUCCAUUCUUAACCUGAAACUGUUCUUAACCUGAAGCACCACUUUAGCUAAUGGGGCCUCCUGCUGCUGCCGUGCCGCUGGAGCACGAUUUCUGUUCUUAUCCUGAAGCAAAGUUCUUAAACUGAAGCACUAUUUCUGGGUUAGCGGAGUCUGUAACAUGAAGUGUAUGUAACCUGAAGCGUAUGUAACCCGAGGUACCACUGUAGUCUGCCCCAAACCAUAAUAUCUUGAUUAUGAAGGCUGUUUACAAUGGAGACGUUUCAUGUUCCGAUUUACAAAAUCUUCUGUGGCAUUUGGCUUCUUUUUGUGUGUGGGCUAAGAGAGCAAAUUAAUACAGUAUAAUAUUAUGCUGAUGCAGACUUUCAUAGUUUUAGGAUGUUCUGCAGUACAGUGACUCUCAGCUUUCACCUUUUGUACGAAAGAUCCAAUGCUGUGUAUCUUUAUGACUAGAGAGGAAACAUUUUUUCUGUCUGAGGAAAAUGGCAAGAUGGCGGUGGACCCGUCCAAUCCAAAUGCAGAUAGUGAGUGGACUGACAGUUGAAACUUACUUCACUGGUGAUGGGACAGCAUCCCUCUGCUGUGUCUGAGGGGUAGCAGGCUAAUUUAGGGGCUCAUGUGUUACACACACUUCUCUCUUUCACAUUUAGCUUCUACUCUCUGCUCCUCAGAAUGUGCCACCAGAGGUGACUGUCUCACUCUGGCUAAUGGUAGGGCCAGCCUUGCUUGAAGUAGGACCUUUUCAGUGUUGGCACCCUAUCCUUGAAAUCCCUCUGCUUGAAGAGUCCUCUGUGGUGCCAACUUACCAUAGUUCUCUUUUCAAUACCAAAGGGACACAUUUUUAUUUGCUAGAUAAAACUUCUAGAUGCUGUUGAUAGGUUUUUUAAUCUUACUGCUAUUUAUUUUUGGGGGUGGGUGGGUAAAUAAUAUAACUACUGCUGCUGCUCUUAUUGCUUCGCUGUUUCAACUGCUUUAGUUUAAUUGUUAGCUAUCCUGGAAAACACAUGUUGGCGAGGAAAUAAAUAUAUGAAAAAAAGAAAGUACUCGGUUGUUGGUGGCGGGUCAAAGGUCCAAAGCUAGAGUCCUGGAUCCACUUACCUUGGAGUAAAUCCCAUUGAACAAAGUGGGAUUUACUUCUGAGGAGAUGUGCUUAAGAUACCACAUUUUCUUUCUCUCUAUAGUUUUUUUAUUUGAUUUUGAAAAGUAUAAACAUGUAAUUAAAAAACAGUUUCGAAGCCAAAUAUCGAGAUUACUCUGAAUCUUUUGACUUUCCCCCAUCCCUUCCAUGGGUCCCAACAGUAUUGUCUACAACUGCAUAUCAAUACUUAUCCAAAUUUUUAAUCCUUCUAAAUUAUCCAUACUUUCCAUUUCUUUACAAGUGUGGUUAAAAUCCAGCUAAUGCUUUAACCUGCUUUAACCUGUCUUGUAAAUAAAUUAUAAACUUCCACCAUUUCUUAUUAAAGUUUUUGUCUUCUUGAUUUCUGAGCUUCCCAGUUAAUUUUGCCAUUAACUUGCCGUUCUUCUCUGGUUGGGGUAGUUUCUUCCUUCCAUCUCUGGUCUAGUAGCAUCCGUGUGGCUGUUGUCGCAUACAUAGACAAUCUUUUCUGAUCCUUUGGUAUCUCGGUACCUAUAAUUCCUAGUAAAAAAGCUUCUGGUUUUUUAACAAAAGUUAUUUUAAACAUUUUUUUCCAUUUCAUCGUAUAUCAUCUCCCAGAAAUUUUUCAUUACUUUACAUGUCCACCACAUAGGAUAAAAGGUAUAUUCUUUUUCUUUACAUUUCCAGCAAAUAUUUGAACUUGUUCUGUACAUUUUUGCUAACUUGGCAGGUGUCAGAUGCCACCUAUACAUCAUUUUCAUCUAAUUUCCUUUCCGUGAACAACAUUCCAUGAAUUUUAGUUCUGUUUUCCACAGCCUCUCCCAACCUGCCAUUUGUAUAUUAUGUCCCAAGUCUUUUUGCCUGUUGUUUCAUUACAGAUUUAACCUGUUCAUCUUUUGUAUGCCGCUCCGAGAGCCAAAUAUACAUUUUAAAAUACCACAUUUUCUUUCCUUUUUAAAAAUAUUUUUUAUUAGGAAUUUAAACAAAACAUAUUAUCUUACAACAUAUCAUCCUUAAUUCCCCCCCCAUAAAACAAUUCACCCUCCCCUCCCCCCCCGACUUGCCUCAGUUCCCAUCUCUGGUUUCUCUGUAAAUGCUAUUCUCUGCAUGUUACAAAAUUGUAUAAAUCCUUAAUUUAUCUAACUGAUUAUUAUCAAUAAAAAGUUUGUGAGUGUUUAUUCAAAACCUGCCAAGGAGUCCAGUUCACUUUGUUGCUUCUUUAAAUACUUUGUAAAAGGUUCCCAUUCAUCUUUAAAGUCACAGUUAUCCUUGUCCCGUAGUUUAUGUGUCAAUUUUGCCGAUUCUGCAUUGUCCAUCAGUUUCUCUUGCCAUAAUUCUUUAGUCGGGGUUUCUUUGUUCUUCCAUCCUUUUGCUAUUAAGACUCUCGCCAUAAUACCACGUUUUCUAUCGCUGUUCACUCCCCACAGCUCCCCAACAGAACACUUCCAGGAUUGUCCAGCCUGGAGCUCUGCCCAUGAGGAAAAUAACUGCGCCGACGAAAAAAAGCAUAGCUUCCGCACCAGCAUCAAGCGUCUACUGCAGCGGAGGCCUAGUCCGCGAACCCCGCCGGACAAUGUGCCGCCUUCUACGGGCUCCUUAAAGAGGUCCAAGGCAGGAGGGGAGAUUGGGGAAGGCGGCCGCCAGAAGCGCUCCUUCUCCCUCAAGAACAUCCUGCGGAAAAAGGGAUCUUCCUCGGGGGAGACGACAAGCCCUGGUGGGACUCUCCAGCGCCCAGACUCCCUGCCUGUUGUCAACUGCUACUGUCGGAAACACCCGUCGGAGCAACGGGUGCCCCAAGGGAGUGGUAAGGAAAUGCCACCUCUCUGGCCUUCAUUUAUUAUCUAGAGUCCUUCUUGCUUCAGAGACAGAGGUCCUGGCUCCAUGCCUCACCCAGUUAUAAACAUUUUUAAAGGGGUGGUGCCUUGGACUUCUUGAAGGAAGGGUAAAGUGUUUUCGCUUGCCAAAGUCCAUGUUGAGCAAAGAUUUGAUUCCGGGAUGUCGAGCCUUCAAGUCCAGAGCUAGUCAGAACGAAGUUGCUUUCUCUUGCUAUUUGAAGCUGUGCUAGUUUGUUUGUUUUUUUGGAAAAAAACAAAAAGACAAAAGCUCCCUCUUUAUUGCCUAUUUGUGGGUAGCGCCAUCAAACCUAGCGGUAAAAGUUAAGGGACCCCGACCAUUAGGUCCAGUCGUGACCGACUCUGGGGUUGCAGCGCUCAUCUUGCUUUAUUGGCCGAGGGAGCGGCGUACAGCUUCCGGGUCAUGUGGCCAGCAUGACUAAGCUGCUUCUGGCGAACCAGAGCAACGCACGGAAACGCCGUUUACCUUCUCGCCGGAGCGGUACCUAUUUAUCUACUUGCCCUUUGAUGUGCUUUCAAACUGCUAGGUUGGCAGGAGCAGGGACCGAGCAACAGGAGCUCACCCCGUCGCGGGGAUUCGAACCGCCGACCUUCUGAUCGGCAAGUCCUAGGCUCUGUGGUUUAACCCACAGAGCCACCCGCGUCCUGUAAACCUAGUGGAACUUGCCUCAAAUGAGUCUUUCAUGAGUGGAAUCGCUGUAUUGCUGGGCUCCUAAUUUCCAAAGCUGAUCCAGCAAGAUACCAUGAUAUCAAUGAUAUCAAAAAUUGCAGAGAGAUCAAGGGAAAUUAAGAGGUUCGCAGUCCUCCUCUCCCUCUCCCAAUAAAUAUCCCUGGUCAGGGCAACCCAGGCUGAGUUGGUCUUAACCAGGCCUGAAACCAGACUGGAAUGGGUCCAGAUAAUCAAUUUUAUCCAAGAGCAUUUGAAGCUGAGCGGCCAACCCUCCCCCCCCUUUGAGCAGCUUCCCUAAAAAGUGGGUAGGUAGCAGUUGUCAUAAUAAUCGUAAUUUUAUUAUUUGUACCCUGCCCCAGUCACUCUGGGCAGUUUCUAGCAUAUGCAAAAACAUCAUUAAGCAUUAAAAACUUCCCUAUACAGGGCUGCCUUCAGAUGUCUUCUAAAGGCUGUAUAGUUACUUAUCUCCUUGACAUCUGGUGGGAGGGGAUUCCACAGGAAGGGCGCCACUGCCGAGAAGGCCCUGUGCCUGGUUCCCUGUAACUUCAUUUCUUGCAAUGAGGGAACUGCCAAAAGGCCCUCAGCGCUGGACCUCAGUGUCCGCAUUGAACAAUGGGGGGGUCAUACACUUCCAGGUCCAGUGUGGGUUUUUUGUCAAAUGCCCACGGGGGGGGAACCAUGUCUUCACUAAUAGUAGCUACUUGGUUCUGUGGGUGAGAACUGACUUGUCUUUCUUUUUCUGCCUGUUGAAGACUCCUGUGCAACUCAGAAGCUUGCCUAUCCUUUCACCAACAGAAGUUAGCCUUGUUGCAGAUAAUCAGCUUUUGCUAGCAUGUCACAUACCGUAUUUUUCGCUCCAUAGGACGCACUUUUUCCCUCUUAAAAACUAAGGGGAAAAGUCUGUGCGUCCUAUGGAGUGAAUGCAGGGGGGAGGCAGGCAGGAAAAGCCCCCAAGAGCCGCACACAAGCUUCACGCGGCUCUUGCAGGCUUUUCCCCAGGAGGGAGAAGGGACCACCGCUCCCCGACCUGUUCUGGGGGCUGGUGUCAGGGCUUGGGCUUCCCCCAGCCUCGGGAGCUGAGGCAAGGCUGCGCGCAACCUUGCCACCGCUCCCUGACCUGUUCUGAGGGCUGGGGUCGGGGGAAGCUGCCGCUGUGAACUGCCGCUGCGCUCCGGAGGCUUCAGGCAGCUAUCCGCAAGCCUUCGGAGCGCAGCAGGAGUUCUCGCUGCACUCAGAAGGCUAGUGGAUAGCCGCCUGAAGCCUGGAGAGCUAGAGGGGUCGGUGCACACCGAUCCCUCUUGCUCUCUAGGCUUCGCUUCGCUGGAGAGGCGCUGCACAGUUUUCCCUCUCUGUGUAGCGCCCCUUCAGCGAAGCGGGAGGAGAAAUGGAAGGGGCUCCGUUUCUCCUGCCGCUUCGUUGAAGGGGCGCUGAGCAGAGAGGGGGAGAAUCCCCCCCCCCCGUUCUCCCCCUCCUAUGGUCCGGUGCAUCCUAUAGAGCGAAAAAUACGGUAACUUAUCCUUUGUUGCCUUGCUAACCGGUGGCUCUCUCUGCAGUGCAGAAUUUGGCUUUCCUCAGCUCCUUAACAGCUUUCUGUUCUUUUGUUGCAGGUGGUGAGGCUGAGAAUGCUGAGUUGUAUACCUUGGUGGCCCAGAAACUGGACCACUUGGUCAAGCAGCAACAGCUGACCAGUCCUUUGGUGGCCAAAAGCUUGCCUUUUCCCACAGAUGAAAUCAGCAUACUUCCCACGGGUGGCACUUUACCCAGCACUCCAGGUAUGGGAUUGAGUUCCUUGUGGUUGUACCUUCACCGCUGGGUAAUAGAGAUUGCAUCUUAAUCCCUUCUUCUUUCCUGGCCAAAUAUGUCAUAAGAAUUAGCACCCACAAGCAUCUUAGUUUGUGCAGUGCUCCCAGUGUUGGGACGGUGCUGCAACACAAGGGGAGGGGCAGGGAAGGAAGUAACAAGGGGAAUCCAUCAAAGUGGAUUUGAUUUAAGUCAAAUUGAUUUAAAUCACAAUUUAAAUCACUAGUCAGUAAGACUUGAUUGAAAUCAUUUUUUUACAGAAAGACUCAUUCUUGCUGGUAUAAUCUUAAUAUUUACAACCAGAUGAAGGUUUCGUUUUUGGAAUAAUAAAUUUUCAGAGUAGUUUUUACAGUUAUAUCAAAAAUUGCUGAUUUGGUUAUACUAUUAGAAAUUCAAAGACAGGUAAUUAUGAAAUUAUUGUUUAUAUUUGGACAACUUUUCUGCUGCACUUUAUUGGAAGGAGGAAAAUAAUCAUUUCCUUAAUAACAAUUUAAACAAUUUAUUUAAGUAAAACAAUAACGUUAUAGCAUAUGUAUCCAUGUUUGUUAACUGAUGUGGUUAAACGAUUUAAAAAAAAAAACUUAGACUGAGUUUUAGCACACAUGAAAAACUUAAAACAAAUCCUUAUUUCCUGAUGAAUAGCCUUUGGACUAUAAUGUAACUUAAAUAGAAAACUAUCUUUAGAAAGAUUUUUCCUCCAAAAGCAUUUUAUUUUAAAAAUCCAAUUUAAAUUUAAAAAAUCCAUUUUUUUUAAAAAAGCCAAUGUAAGUUAUUUUUAAUUUUUUAAUUUUUAAUUUUUUGAAUUGAUUUUUAUCAAGCAUGGAAACCAUAGUUAGGUCCCACCACUUCAGAGAGAGGCUCCAAUGAAUAAUGACCUUCCAAAUACAUUAUCUAGGCCCAAAGCCAUCUUCAGAUCCCUCUUUCCUCAGAACGAUUUGUUUUGUCACAUCCACGUUGCAUCUCUGAAUUGGACUGGUUUUUUCUGCUCACAGUUAUCUCAGAGGAGCUGCCAGGAGACUUGGAGGAGAAACAGAAAGAGCAAAUCCUCCAGAAACUGGUUGCCCUUCUGGAAGAGAAGGCCGGAAUCAUCAAUAAGGAGGUAUAAGCCAGGCCUGUGGCAAAACUGUUGCAGUGUGGAAUGUUCCUGUCUGCCGGCCCGGCCCUUUUUCAGGAUAUGCCGUUCUAUUCUGCUCCUUUGCCUUGCAUCCCAGUUUUCUCCCUGCAACUCUAAAGAAUUAUCCAAAAUUUUGUGGCCACUGAACCCUCAUUAUCCUUUUUGGGGAAUUCCCCUCCUUCAGACUUUUUCCUGAACUUUUUUUGUACUUCUACAAAUCUUGGCGUUUCCCCAAGCCUGCUGAUAUCCCCCUCUUAUCAAUGGAUGGCUACUGAAGGACCCGCAUUUAGAGAGGAAUGUUGCUGUUAGUUUAUAAGGUUAGCAAGUGAAAGCAAGUGUUGUCCCUGCUCUCUACUUACCUGUUAGCGUACCUUCUUCCUCCUCUUCCAAGCAAACUCACCCCUUGUGUUUUCUCUCUUUCCUCUUCCCAUGUUUAUUUAGAAGUGUGUUUUGGGCUUACUAUUAAGUUAAGUAUGCAUAAGACUGCAGCCUAGGAAUCGUCCUGUUGUCAUAUGUAGCACUGUGGGUUAAACCACUGAGCCUCUUAGGCUUGGUGAUCGGAAGGUCAGUGGUUCGAUUCCCUGCGACGGAGUGAGCUCCCGUUGCUUUGUCCCAGCUUUUGCCAACCUAGCAGUUCAAAAGCACACCAGUGCAAGUAGAUAAACAGGUACUGCUGUGGUGGGAAGGCAAACAGUAUUUCCGUGCGCUCUGGCUUCCACCACAGUGUUCUGUUGCAGCAGAAGCAGUUUAGUCAUGGUGGCCACAUGACCCGGAAAGCUGUCUGUGGACAAACACUGGCUCCUUUGCGAGGCCUGAAGUGAGAUGAGUGUCACACCCCCUAGUCGCCUUUGACUGGACUUCACCGUCCAGGGGUCCUUUACCUUACCUAAGGCGAAGACAUUGAAGCUGCAAUCUCCUAGGCACACUUACCUGGGAAUAAGCCCCACUGAACAUCGUAGCCACAGGCUUCUGGGUAGCCACAGUUCAAAUUUCUCUGCGCAUGCCUUUUGCAUUGCUAUCUUUAUAUGCCCCAGUCCGCUUUUGCAAAGCUUCUCUUGCUCACAUUGUUGAGCUAAACUUUUAUUUACCAGUUUGCAAAGGAGCUGUGUUGUUGCAAGAGACAAUUUUGUCAAUGCCACUUCUUAGAAUGUGCCACCCACAACUGAUAGCCAGCAGUAUUGUCUUCUACUGUUCCUUCUGCCUGUCAUAUGCACAGCUGCCCUGACGGCAUUGAUUCUUAAGAAAACAGGGCAGGCCAUGGGUCUAGCCAAAGGCGCAGUAGGGGGGCAGCUGCCCCCCAGAUCAAUACAAAUCUGCAGUUCUGUCUCUCCUAACAAAAGCCUGCCCGCCCCCAGCAAAAAACCUGGCUACACCCAUGGGGCAGGCUAGUUCUUCCUUUUCCACUCAAGGCAUUUACAAAAACAGUUUGGGUCUGGAAAUAGCUCAUAUGUCCCUGCUUGUACCUCUGUAAGGGAAACCACCUCCCACUUUACAGUGGUACCUCAGGUUACAUACGCUUCAGGUUACAGACUCCGCUAACCCAGAAAUAGUGCUUCAGGUUAAGAACUUUGCUUCAGGAUAAGAACAGAAAUUGUGCUCCGGCGGCAGCAGGAGGCCCCAUUAGCUAAAGUGGUGCUUCAGGUUAAGAAUGGACCUCCGGAAUGAAUUAAGUACUUAACCCGAGGUACCACUGUAUUUGGCUUUUCAAUGGGUGAGCAUCUCGCAAGUAGCACAUGAAAUUUUGGAAAGUAGCAGAAAUGCAAAUCAGCCCUAAGGCAGGCCUGCGCACCUUAUCUAAGCACAUUAUUGGUUCUCAGUGAAUACUUAGGAGUGUCUUUCUGAUUGGAAUUUGCAACUGUCCUUCAGGCGAGUCACCCGGGCAACUCUUAAUGGUUCUUCUCCCUUCCUGUGAUUGGCAGAUUGAGGCCGACCCACUGCUACGCAACACCUUAUCCCGCUUGUCCUACCGCAGCUUCUCUCGCCUGGCCGAGGCCUUCACCUCACGUGCCCCCGCUGGUCUCCCCAGCCCCCAGCUGGCUAAGCUGGCGCUCACCAUGGAGCUCACACGAAAAGUGGCCGGUAUCAACAGCCAUGCAGUGCACACCCUCAUGGGCUACAGUCUGCAGUAUAUGGACAUGUUUGUGCCCUGGCUACAGCAGCAAGGGGGCUGGGUAAGUGUUGUGGCAUGUCUGGCUAUGGAUUCUUCAUAGGCUGGGCUUGAGUCCCAGUUGAUAGUGCAUUCAAAAGUAGUAAACAUUUUAAAAAAGAAGAAGAUGGGACACAGGUGGUGCUGUGGGUUAAACCACUGAGCCUCUUGGGCUUGCUAAUCAGAAGGUCGGCGGUCCGAAUCCCCGCGACGGGGUGAACGCCCGUUGCUCGGUCCCUGCUCCUGCCAACCCAGCAGUUUGAAAGCACAAAGUGCAAAUAGAUAAAUAGGUACCGCUCCAGCGGGAAGGUGAGCGGCGUUUCCGUGUGCUGCUCUGGUUCGCCAGAAGUGGCUUAGUCAUGCUGGCCACAUGACCCGGAAGCUGUCUGCGGACAAACGGUGGCUGCCUCGGCCAGUAAAGCAAGAUGAACGCCGCAACCCCAGAGUCGGCCACGAUUGGACCUAAUGGACAGGGGUCCCUUUACCUUUACCUUUAUCACUACCCGAAGGAGUCUCAAAGCGGCUAACAUUCUCCUUUCCCUUCCUCCCCCACAACAAACACUCUGUGAGGUGAGUGGGGCUGAGAGUCUUCAAAGAAGUGUGACUAGCCCAAGGUCACCCAGCAGCUGCAUGUGGAGGAGCGGAGACUCGAACCCGGUUCCCCAGAAUACGAGUCUACAGCUCUUAACCACUACACUAUGCUGGUAGUCCAAAUGCUGUCCAUGAGGCAACUUGAAUCAAGACUGACAUGGGGUUCUGGAAAAAUGCUUGGCUGUGAUCUCGCCAUAGGUGGCAAGACGUAGCUUUCUCUCACAAAAAGACGCACUUUGUAGCUUAGCCUUUUCCCUCUUUAUCUUCGGUUCCACAUCUGUAAAAUGGAACUAAGUGAUCUACUGAACAGGAGCGUCACAAGUGUCCAGCAUAAUAAUUAUAAUUAUUAUUUAUUGAAUUUAUAUACCGUCCUAUACUCGGAGGUUUCAGGGCAAUUCACAGAAUAAAAUCAAAAUAUAAAACCACAAAAUCCAUAAUCAAAAUAAAAACAACAACCCAAUAAUGCCGCCGCCCCAAAACAGCCACAUUUUAAAAGGGUAUAAGAUGUCAGUCCGAUCCACCAAAGGCCUGGUUAAAAAGGAACGCUUUUGCCUGGUGCCUAAAGGUGUAUCAUGAAGACGCCAGGCAAACUUCCCUGGGGAGAGCAUUCCACAGACGGGGAGCCACUGCAGAGAAGGCCCCGUUCUUGUGUUGCCACCCUCCGCAGCUCUCGAGGAGGAGGCACAUGAAGGAGGGCCUCAGAAGAUGAUCUCAGGGUCUGAGAGCCUGCAAAGCACAACGGCCUGAGUGCGAGUUGAACCCCACUUACCUGGAAAUAAGCCCCACUGAACUGAACAGGAAUUACUUCUAAGUAGACAUGGUUAGGAUUGCGACUGUUCGUCGAUCCAGCGGCAAGUAAGAUCAGUACAGUACUUUGGAUCGCUCCAACAGGCAACCUCUUCCAACAAAGCCUGGAGCAUAACCAAGGCUUUUAAUUCCUCUAGAUCAGGUGCUCCUGCAAUGUUCUGAACUACAGUUCCCAUCAGCCCCAGCAAGCAUGGCCAGAAUUGAUGGGAGUUGCAGCUCAGCAAUAUCUAGAGAGCCAAUGGCUGCCUGUUUCUCCUUGACUCUGCCCCACAAUUGGAGAGCCUUAAAUCUGUAGUCAUUUGGCCUGGAGCCUAUAGCUCUGUUGCCUCUCAGUCAGUUCUUGCCUUCUACACUGCCUGUGCUGGAGGGCAGGUACUAAGCAACACCAUAUAAAAGGGUCCAGUUCUGGCUGGCUAUAAAAGGAUGCUGUCUCUGGGGGUCCCAGUUUGUAGGUGUGAGGUGCUCCUGGCUGAGAAAUGUGAUGGUUAGGUCUGGGCGAUAUGAUGAUAGAUUGUUGAACACUGGUUUUAAAUCCACAUCUUGAUAACCAGUUCAAAAUAUUUGCCCUGAUGAUAAACUGCUCGAGGCCAGAGGAAUGUUUGUCUGUUGCUCUGCCGGCUCAGCUCUCGCCUGCCUCCUCCAGGCGGCAGCAAACCAUAGAGCAGGCGCAGACUGGGAAAAUCCCUCUGGUUACAAUGCAGCUUGCUCAACUAAGGCACAGAAAGGCUGAGGCCAGGCGAUGUGGGAGGAAGAAGCAGCCGAGAUGCAUUCCAGACAUGGCACUAUAUUAGUAUAUUUAGCUGCUGAUAUAUCACGAUGCUGAAAACCAGAUAUCACACAGCCCUAGUAAAAAGAUGCAAAAUGCAUUAUAGUAAAGGUACUAUGGAAACAACUAAUGAUUUUUCUUUCUUUCUCUGUAGGAAAGCAUUGUGGCCCAGGAAGAGAUAUUUGAUCUGCAGCUUGACUAGCCAUUCUCCAGUACCAUGAGCCAGUGCCACUGCUCUUAAAACUGUGAUGAAGGAGUGAAUAUGCUCUUGAGACUUGCCUGGGCAAAGCUGACUAAUGGGUGGGUUUGUUUUUUUCAAAGUCUCCCUGGAAAGUCCCAUCUUCUCUCUCCAGCCGGGUAAAUGCCACUGAAGGAAAGUUAUGUCCUUGCAACACUGAUCAGAAUGCGACUUUCAAGCCAGCCAUGGGAUCUAGAAAUCUACACUAAUAACUCCCAAACUUCUGGACUUGGAAUAAAUGGCAGAAAUUGAUUUUUUAUUUUUAUUUUUGCACUAAUUGUUGCUGCUCUGUUCCUGCGGGAUUUGGAGUCCUGUUUUUAAAACUUGGCAAAGGAAAAUAAGGGUCAGAGAAAAAUAAGAUAGUUGAACUAAGUAGGCAUUGGUAGGGAACAGAGGCUAUAAUUCAGAUGCCGGUCAUUGAAGGCAAGGUUGGUGGAGAUCCAAGGGUAGGGCCUUAUAAUUGGUGACUCCUUAUCUUUGAAAUGGUCUUCUAAAGAAAGCUUACCUGGUUCUGACACUCUUAUCUUUUCAGCACCACGUGAAAACAUUUUUUUUUUUAAGAAGGAUAUUUAGAUACUGUUUUUGUUCUGGUUUUGAUAUUUAAUGUUAUUGUUCUGCCGUUUUGUAAUUAUUUAUUGUAUUGGGGGCGGGUUGCUUGUUUUUUAAUUUUCUUGAUUUGUGAGCUCCUCUGGGGGUUGAAGAGUAGGAUAUACAAAAUAAAUAAAUCCUAUGUGAAACUUGCUCGCAGAUCAGUUCGUAUGAAAACUCAAUGGUAUCAUCUUCCAAGACUGAGUUGCAAGGUUCUGAGAAUAAUGUAACCCUCAAACUCAGGGAUUUGAGUAUGUUUACCAGUAGCUUAACUGAAGUGUUUCAAUGACUGAGAAACACUCUAUUUUUUUAAAUAAAACUUUUAAAUGAAAAUA